GACGCAAAUACUGGGGAUCUGCCUAUACGACAAUAUGGCAGUGGCUUUUGCGUAGGAGUUUCAGUGUCAUGCAGCAGUAGUGCACGACGGGUUAAUGCACGGGCUACCUAGGUGUGUGCCUGCUUUUAGCAACGUUCUUCUUUCGUUCUUUUCAUCAUUGAUGCGUUCGUGCGGGCACGGAUUUGUUGUUUCUUGCUCUGCAAUGCUUGGUCGCGUUGAAGAUUGAUGAUGAUUGAUUGAAUUCGGGUUUCGAUUCAGAUCAGCCUUGGUGGUGCUGGUCUUGUGCUGGCCUGCUCUCCUAGUCGCUGUUGCUAUUGCUAUGCCGUGCUGUGAUGCCCGUCCAUCCACUAAAGAAGGGAACGCUCAGAGCACGCAAACACGCAAACAAGCAGACCGAGAGAGAGCCGUCUAAAAAGCGCGUGCGAACGACGCGCGCCAUGGAUGAGGACAACAAUGCCGCAAAAGAUAAAAAACAGAGAGACAGACACAGAGACACAGAAAAAACACAGGAAAACAAACGCCCGCCGCCGCCUUUGCCACGCCGUGCAAACUAUGCCGGAGAAGAUGCCCAAGAGGAAAAAAAAAAAACACAGCAACAAAGCAAACAAACAGCAAAAUCAAGGCCCGCAACGGCGACAAAUAAAGGCGAAGCAGAAUCGAACAGAAAAAUACCAAGAGAAAAACGGACAAGAAGGCGGGAGAUUCGGGAAGAACUAGCCUCGGCCUCGGUCUUGAGGGGGCGUUUGCGAACGGUAACGGUUAACGGCGAAGAAAUGAUGAUGACGAUGGAAAUAAUAAAAAAUGAUGAGCCUGUAUCCCAGCCAGUUGCCCGCCUCCCAGUAAAAAAAAAAGAAUCCUAGUUUAGCCGAGCCCAGUUAUGUGUGUGUGCGAGAAAAAUAUAGGGUAUUGCGCCAGAGAGAUGGAGGAGGUGGUUGUUGAUGCGGAGAGUAGAGUAGGUAGGUGGUUGUUGAUGACGAUGAUGAGCAAGCAGUUGUUAA